AUGUCUUUCAUCAACCCAUUCCCAGAUCUUAAGGCUACUCACAUACCUGACUGGAAAAAAUACUUACGAAGACAGACAUUACUAGAGUCAUGGGAUACACAGCGAGCAAAAUUGCCAACGAACUUUCCUCAGAAGGCUGAGUCUCCUUCUGUUUGGUCAUGGGAAGAGUUAGAUCUUGAAAGUGUUACUCACGAUCUAACUAGCCUUGAGAUUGAGGAGAUCGAUGAAGCUCUACGGAAUUUUAAAAAGGAGAAUAUACUUCUCAACCAGAUUUCUUGCGAGAAUUUCAGUCUCCCUACUCUCGGCCGGCACCUCGACCGUAUCGCGCAUGAAAUAUUCAAAGGGAAGGGGAUCGCCUCAAUCCGUGGUUUGUCACCUGACAUGUACUCUGUGAAAGACAACGUUAUUAUCCAUGCUGGAAUUUCUAGUCACAUUGCACCUUUUCGUGGAAACCAGUCUGGCUCCAAUGAUCAAGUCCUUCAUAUCUGCAAUAGAGAGGACAUGGGCAUUGCUGAUCUUAAGGCCCCUUCCACAGCACAAAGUCUUCCUUUUCAUACCGAUGAUACAGAUGUUCUAGCAUUUUAUGCUAUCGAGGCAUCAAUGGCGGGUGGUGAGAUGCUAUGGGCAUCUCAUGGAAAGGUUUACAACGAACUUGCUGCCACACGACCAGAAGUACUAGGCGUCCUUGCUGAGAGUGAUUGGCCUGUGGAGACGGAAACUGAGCCUUCAGAUUAUGUCCGACUGCCACUACUUUAUAAUGACGAUCAAGGCCCUUACUUCUGGCUUGCUCGAGGCAACCUCACUGGAACUGAGAGAACGCCGCGCCCACUUGGCAUUCCGGGAUUGACCCUUGCACAAGCAGAUGCCUUGGAUGCCGUCCAUUUUGCCGCAGAACGACACUCUAUCAGAAUCGCGCCACGGAAAGGAGAAUUAUACUUUGUCAAUAACCUGAGUAUAUUGCAUAGCCGGACCGCAUUCCAGGAUAGCGAUGUCAAGGACGAGAAACACCCCAGAGCGAGAAGGCGCCACAUUCUACGACUUUGGCUCAGGGACCCUGCGUAUGGAAGGAGAAUGAUAGGACGUCUGGAGCAGCGAUGGUCGCAGGUCUUCGAUACUGAGCUUUCAAGAAAGCGUGGACGUUGGUUGCUAUCUCGGGAUAUGGUCCCAGAGGUUAUUUCGGAAAAGCUCUUCAGAGAGAAAUUCCCAGUCGGCACUGUGAGUUCAUGUCAAAACGCUUGA